UUGGUUAGUCAGUGUCAGACGAACGUCAGCGUUUCAAGUAGAUAGUACGACCGAAGAUAAUUAUAAUAAUGUAAACGAAAACUAUUAAGCUAUAAUUUUCCCUGUAAGAAAAUCGAUCUAGGUAUAUGUUAAUAAGUGAAAUUUGUCGGUUGUUAUUUUUAUUUUGAAUUUAUAUUCAUAAAUAAAUUUAAAUUUGGUGACAUCGUUGUUAGUCAAACAAAGAAAGUUUUGUUUGCAAAUCUGAGGUGAAAGUGAGUUUAAUAUGUUGCGUUCCAAAUCGUGAAGACAUGUUCCUCGUCUAUCGUCCAUACUGUGUUGAUUAAUCUGGUACCUCCAAUUAAGGUGGGCAGGUCAAGUGUAACUUUGUCGUUUUCCUUGUGUCUAAUAACACUUUGAAGAUGAGUCUCACGAUGGAACCCAAAAGUGACCUAGAAUUUAUACUCAAAAAUUUAUUAGCUGGUGGUGUAGCAGGUAUGUGCGCAAAAACUACAGUUGCUCCAUUAGACCGUAUCAAGAUACUGUUACAAGCACAGUCAACGCACUACAAACAUCAUGGUGUGCUUGGAGGACUUAUGGCUAUUGUGAAACAAGAAUCAUUAAUUGCAUUGUAUAAAGGAAAUGGUGCUCAGAUGGUCCGAAUAUUCCCAUAUGCAGCAACUCAGUUUACUAGCUUUGAAAUUUAUAAAAAGUAUUUGAGCGGUCUGAGUGUACCACUAGUUCAGCACGGUGACAAAUUCGUAGCGGGCGCGGGCGCCGGCGUGACGGCGGUCACGCUCACGUACCCACUGGACACGAUUCGAGCGAGACUCGCCUUCCAAGUGACAGGCGAACAUCGAUACACCGGGAUCGUACACGCGGCCACAACAAUAUUUAAAACGGAAGGUGGUAUUCGCGCACUGUACCGCGGCUUCGUACCUACCAUGGUAGGCAUGGUACCGUACGCUGGAUUCAGUUUCUACUGCUUCGAGUCGCUCAAGUUUUUCUGUAUGAAAUAUCUGCCUAGCACGCUGUGUCGCAAAUGCGAGAGGAAUACAGGCGGUCUGGUGUUAACAGUCCCCGGCAAGCUAGUAUGUGGCGGGCUGGCGGGCGCAGUCGCGCAAUCCGUGUCCUACCCGCUGGACGUGACACGACGACGUAUGCAGCUCGCCUGCAUGCAUCCAAGUACCGCAAAGUUCGGCACGGGUAUGGUGAAAACUCUGACGCUGAUAUACCAAGAUAACGGUAUAGUGAAAGGCCUGUAUCGAGGCAUGACGAUCAACUACAUCCGCGCCAUACCCAUGGUGGCCACAUCCUUCUCCACCUACGAGCUCAUGAAACAACUCCUUCACCUCGAUACGGGGAUGAAGCUGUCAUAGACGAGACUUCUAGCAACGGUAUAAACAUAACAUAGUAUGUUAAAAUUUAUACAAACUAGUUAAAUAUUAAGAAUAUUUUGAGACAUAAAUGAAAUUAAGUGUAAAUUAAAUUAUAAAUAAAAUGUUUUAUUAUGUU